UUGAGUUUGGUUGGUUAUUUUAUUGUUUGCUAAGAAGUGAACUUCUAGGUUAAAGAGUUAAAUGAUUCUUUGGAUUUUCUUAGUUUCUAAAUAAGUUCAUGUCCGUUGUGUUUUAACAAUAAGUACUGUAUAGUGAAAUUGAACGAAACAAUGGAUUUGCUUGGUUCUAUUUUAAAUUCAAUGGAAAAGCCACCAUCAAUCACAGAUAAACAAAAGUCUAUGAUGAAAAGGCAAAGAGAUGAAAUGUUGGUGAAACAAAAAGCAGAAAAAGAAAAACUGAGAAAAUUCAGAGAACAGACGGAGAAGAAAGUAAAUGCCUUUCUACAAAAUGAUACUGAAACUCGUUUGAAAUUCCCUCCAAUGGACCAAGUCUAUCGUGGAAUAAUCCACGAUGUUGCUGAGGUCGCAGGCAUGACAGCACAGUCAUUUGGAAUUGAGGGUGUCGACCGUUACAUAAUGCUAUUUAAGAAAGAACACCCGCCAUCAGAUGAUGAGUUGACAACCUUGAGAAAUGGACAGGAAUGGAAUGAGGAGACAGCUAAAGAAUUAGCUGAAAAGCGUAAACAAGAACUCAAAGAAGAAAAAGAGGAUGCUUUAAGAAAACCUGAAAAAUUUGUUCCUAACAGUAAUUAUAAAGAAAAAUAUCAGCAUUUGAUUGGAUUGGACGCUGCAUUGGAAGCUGCAAGGAAAACAGAAACUAACAAGCAAUAUGGCUUUGUUCCAAGUGAAAAUAAAAAAGAUCAUAGGUCAAUUGAACAAACCCUAGCAGACAUACAAUCAAAAAAACGGAUGAAGCUGAGCCAACAGUGUUCAUCAGAAAAUAGUCCAGCUGUACCAAAAUUAUAGUGAAAUUUAGUUUAAGUGCAAAAUAUUAUGUUAUUUGUGUACAAACUCAUUUUAAAUUUUAAUGUAUUAUUUUAUUUUACAUAAUUAAAACGGAAUGAAUUAAUUAAAAAUGAAAUUGAAACAAAUUUUUUUUAUAAACCCUAUAAAUAAUUAAAUGUACCUGAUAAGUAAGUAAGUAAAUAGUAAAUGUUGAGUGGCUGUUAUCCCACAUAAGUGAGUACAUUGGAAAAAAAGGGACAUGUAAUGAUAAUCAUUCUCAAACUAUACAAAAUAUGUACAGUAGUACAUUAUGAAAAAUCCUUAUUGUAUAUAAUAGCCUUUAAUUACUUAAAUGUAUUAAGAGUUUGUAAGUAAAUACUAUCCAUAAAAUGCAUUUAUUCUUAACUUUAAGGCCCAAAAUAUUUAACUUUUUAAUAGUUCAUAUUUUUACAUUGGCUGUGAUCCAGAAAUAUUACAGUAAAAACAACUUGAUGCUAUGGCUGUCUAGAAAGUAACAGACGUUUUAUCAUCUCGCGGGAAUGGGUGGGACUAACACCGCCAUCUUGGCAUCAGAGUGGUUCUACACUCAGUAUGUAAUCAGUGCAUCCUGAUUUGUGCCUAUCAUACUUUGUUUACAGUGGAGUUUUGAAAUAAAUGCUGCAAUUGGUAAUUCAGUCAGUUAUGAAGUGUGAUCUGUGAUAAAGUGUUUGUCGGUGGAAAAUCACAAACCAAUUGAAUUUAUCGCCAGAUUACUGAUGUGUACCGUCAAGAAAUAAUUAGUGAAAGCCCAGUGAGGCAAUGGCUCAUUAAUUUUAAAAAUCAACGAACCAGUGUUCACGAUUAGCAUCGCAGUGGUAGGCCUAGUACUGUGAGUGAUGAAUUGGUGGUGAAUAUCAAUGAAAUAAUCCAUGAAAAUCGUCAUUUCACAAUUGUAGAACUCAGAACAUUUCCCCCCAAAUUUAACGGUGUUUAGUUCAUGAAAUUUUGGUUGAUAAACUUGGUUACCACAAAUUUCGUGCCAGAUGGAAUUUGUAAUCUAACAGAACACCACUACAAACAGAGACUUGCUGCAGCAUUGACAUUUAUUUUUGGAGAGCUAUAAGACAAAAGUCAUUGAUCAUAUUGUAACUGGUGAUGAGACUUGAGUAAAUUAUAUCAACUGUAAAAUAAACCGGCUGUCGAAUGAAUGGGGACACUUGCCCAAAUAACUGAGGUGUCUACAAAUGCUGUCAGCAUGAAAAAUCGUGGCUACUGUAUUUGGGAGCUCAGGAAGUGAUUCUCAUUGAUUUUUUUUUAACGUGGCCAAACUGUUAACUCAGAGAUGUAUUACCCAGAAACUUAAGACGCAUGAUACAAAACAAUUGUCAAUGAAAUCUAAGCAAGAAAGUUUUAUUUCUUUACAAAAAUGCUUGUCUACACGCAGCCAAUUGUUCCCAAUAGCUCUUGGAAGGGAAGUUUUUAAUAAUUCUGCAUGGCGCCCAUGCACCGAGUGACUAUCUGUUCCCAGUGUUUAGGACAUGGCUUGCUGAUUUGACCCUGAACUGCUUGUGUAAACCAAUGGUUGGACUUGCAGGCAGCAGAUUUCUACAGAGAGGGUCGUGAAAAACUUGUACCACCUUACUGUAAAUGUUUUAAUUUAAAUGGCGAUUAUGUAGAAAAAUAGCCUAAGAUUUUACCUUCGAAAUUUAAGUAAUAAAGAUUGUUACUUUCAA